AUGUUAUUUGUCUGUUUAUUUCCAAGUGACGCACAGCCUUAGUCCAAGAUGACACACCAGUACCCACCUCUCAGUGAUGAGCAGAAGAAGGAGCUUGCUGACAUUGCUCAGAGAAUUGUUGCCCCUGGCAAGGGUAUUCUUGCUGCUGAUGAAUCUGUUGGAAGUAUGGCAAAGCGCCUGAAUCAAAUUGGAGUGGAAAACACCGAAGAAAACAGACGCCUGUACCGACAGAUCUUAUUCAGUGCUGAUGAGCGGAUUGACACUUGUAUUGGUGGAGUUAUUUUCUUCCAUGAAACCCUGUACCAGAAAGCAGAUGAUGGCACACCUUUUGUAGAUGUGAUCAAGAACAAAGGAAUUAUUGUUGGUAUUAAGGUGGAUAAAGGUGUUGUCCCUUUGGCUGGUACCAAUGGAGAAACCACAACACAAGGUCUAGAUGGUUUGUCUGAACGAUGUGCCCAGUACAAGAAGGAUGGAGCUGAUUUUGCAAAAUGGCGCUGUGUUCUAAAAAUCAGUGAAACUACACCUUCUCCCCUUGCAAUCAUGGAGAAUGCCAACGUCUUGGCUCGCUAUGCCAGCAUUUGCCAGCAGAAUGGGAUUGUGCCAAUCGUAGAACCAGAAAUAUUGCCAGAUGGUGAGCAUAACUUAAAACGAUGCCAGUACGUCACUGAGAAGGUAUUAGCUGCUGUCUACAAAGCCCUUAGUGACCACCACAUUUAUCUGGAGGGAACUCUGCUUAAACCAAAUAUGGUCACUGCUGGUCAUGCCUGCCCUACCAAAUAUACCCCUGAAGAGAUUGCCAUGGCUACCGUGACAGCACUGCGGCGUACAGUGCCACCUGCUGUGCCAGGUGUAACUUUCCUGUCAGGAGGUCAGAGUGAAGAAGAGGCAUCCAUUAACCUUAAUGCAAUUAACAACUGCCCAUUGCCCAAACCAUGGGCACUAACCUUUUCAUAUGGCCGUGCUUUACAGGCUUCUGCUCUCAAUGCCUGGCGUGGUCAGAAGGAGAAUGAGUCUGCUGCCACAGAAGAGUUUGUGAAACGUGCACAGAAUAACAGCCUGGCAGCUCUUGGCAAGUACGAAGGUGAUGGUGAAAGCUCUGGUACAGCUGGGCAGUCUCUCUUUAUGGCCAACCAUGCGUAUUAAUUCACAUUCAGAGGAAUAAAACAUCCUCAAGAACAUCAUUCCAGCUUUUGCAAACAGCUAUCUCUUCCACGUCUGCAACUUUCCAUAAUGCCAGUCUAAUCACUGCCUGGCUUUCUACUGUAGUGUAGAUUUAAAAAUGAAAAUUUAAAACAAGUUUGCUUAGUGCAAAAGGCUGAAAUAUUUCAGUAUCUGUCCUUCAAACCUCUAGAUGUAUUGCAGAUGUUAUUGUGCCUGCAGGGGAGAAUGAGGCUGCAGCUUCCAGGGCAUUUGUGCAACAAUCCUUACAAAGUUGCUGUCCACCUUCCACGUUUCUUGGUUCCUUUGAGUUAUAUGUAGCUGCAUAUACUACUUGGUAUUUGAGGGCAGCUUUCUCAUUUUGGGGCAGUAGACUGCUGUACUUUGAGCAGCUGUUCCUAGCUUUCUUUCCUAUCACCCUCCUACUUAACUGUUGAGGAGGUUACUAAACCUGUCUUGCCUGAGAACAAGGUAGUUUUAGUAAAGUUGAUUGUAUCUCUGUGAAACUAAAGCAUUUUUUGAAGAUUAUGAUAAAACAGUUUUCCCUUUUUGUUGUGCAGAGCCCGUGUGUAUAUUCUAGUCCACUUAUUCCUUUCCCUCAGCCAAUCCCAUAAAAGUUAAGCCAUAGUACAUGCACUACAGUGUCAUGUUGUACAUUGAUACUUAGAGACUUGUGCACAGUAACCGAUGUGAAGCCUAUAGAUGGGUUUUUCCAGAGCAUAUGCAACCCAGACAUCUUCAGGCUGCAGUAACAGCUUCACAGACACUGUUUCUCAAGGACAUCAAGAAGCAUUGCAGAAAGGCUAUUCUUAGCAGUAAUGCAUACUUGUAUGUGUAACAAUCUGUGCUACACCACACACUGGACUUUGUGUGAAAAAGCUGAAGUGCUAGUUGUGUGCCCACUCUUUCCCCCUCAGAUGCUGAGUGAAAUGGCUUCAGUGUAAUAAUGCUUAUAGCAUUUGAGGUUUUUGGGAACUGGGUGGUUUGGUGUGUAGGUGUGCAUGUGAGAGCAGUCUGUGACAAUGUGUUAAUUUCUCUUUAUGCGUGUAAUGCACCAAAUAGUGUGAAAAGUUAAAAUAAAAAGAUGCAGUUAUUGGAA